GCGGAUGGAUUUGACGGAAUGCGAGUGUACAAAAUAAUAACUCGUUUGUUUCGUACAGUCGUACGGCUUUAAACAGAAGUGGCAGUUGAGUUGUGAUUUGUUAACAUAUUUGGAGAAUUGCUGUACAACACGCGCGACACUGGGGGUGUAUAAUGGUGGCACGGGGGCUGAAGCGCAAACUCCAUGCUGAUGUCAGAGACCCAGGUUGGGAAAAUCAGCUGCAGUCUGUGCUGAACAUUUCCAUAGACAAGUACCAGCGUGACCAAACCCUCUUGGAGCCAAGCCUACUGCGCUCCGUCCUCAUUACUAACACACUCCGUCAGGCUAGAACGCAAAUGGAGACUGUUUCCGAAAUUGAGAUCCCUGUAAAAAAAAAUCAAACACAACAUCCCGCACCAUGUUUUUGUCAGGAACUUGGCACGCCUUCUGGGUUCGAAGACAUGGAUGAGGAUUUUACAGAGGAUCUAUCUUUAUCCACCGCCAUUAGUGCCAUCUUAAAGAAUCUGGACACAGCUACUGACGGCAGCUCCGGCUCAUCUGCACCUCAGCGGUCACCGUUGGCCUCCCUGGAAAACAUUAAAGGGGACAAGAUGUGCAAAAGGAGUCCAAACAAAAGUUUAUCUAAUCACAGGCAGGACAAUGUUCUAGAUGAUUUGUUUUUGGACUUUGAUGCUUCCAAAUGUGAAGAGGAGAUGAAUGAUCAUCAUUUUGACCUUCCUGGUGAUGAAUUUGUGAAAUAUUUACCCUGUGUCCUACUUAGGGAAUGAUAUGGGGUUUUUACACUCCAUGUAGUGAAGUAAAGACUUUUUUGCAA